AUGCCGCCUUCACUCCUCCUUUCCAACGAUACUGAGGUCUCCGAGCAAGCAUCCAGCCACGUUCGUCGUACGCGCAGACGUCUUGCUCUCAACAUCAUGAAGGCAACUUUCCUCAAGGCUCUGGCCCUUACGGCCGUCGGCUCGACUGCGGCCAAGGAGCUCCAGCCCAAUGCGCUGAUCAGCGAGAUCUACGACAGCGGCGCCAUCCACAAGGACCUGAUGGCCCGCAAGCACGCUUCAUGGGACCGACAAAUCGCCAGCGGCGAGAUGAACUCAACCAUCUACCAGAGCCGUCUCGCCGCCGAUGGCCCCGUCCCCUGUGUCAACGGCGUUGCCGCCGUUGUGCCAGGUGACCGCCUGAACACUUUCAAGUGCAACAAGGUCGACUUCUACGACUUCAAGAGCCAUGCCGCCCUCGGCAGUAAGACGGGCCAGGGCUCCUCUUCGUGGGGCUGGACGGCGCCCAACGGCCGUGAGUUCGUCGUCGUUGCCCAGGCCGACGGCGCCAGCUUCUCCGAGAUCACGUCGGCGGGUAAGCUCGUCUAUCUCGGCCGCCUGCCGCCGUACUCGACCAACUCGAUCUGGCGCGAGUUGCGCGGUUACAAGAACUUCAUCGUCAUUGGCAGCGAGGCAUCGCGCCACGGUGUGCAAAUCUUCGACCUCAGCAAGCUGCUGACCGUCAACCCGGCGAGCCCCGUCACUUUUUCCAACUCGCGCGAUCUGACAGGAUAUUGGAACGGCCUGCCCGCGGGCUCGACGCACAACAUUGUGAUCAACGAGGAGAAGCAGUAUGCUGUCGCUGUCGGCGCGCAGCCUCGCACCAGCACAUGUCGCUCGGGUCUCAUUUUCCUCGACCUCAAGAACCCUGCCAAGCCCACCACUCUUGGUUGCGCCGCCGGAGACGGCUAUGUUCACGAUGCCCAAUGCCUCGUGUACAGGGGUCCUGAUACGAAGUACCAGGGCCGCGAUAUUUGCUACGGCUACAAUGAGGACACCUUGACCAUCUACGACGUCACCGACAAGACGACCACCAAGAUUAUCUCGCGCACCAGUUACGAGGGCGCCAGCUACACCCAUCAAGGUUGGGUCACGAACACGCAGUGGCAGGAGUACCUCGUACUUGACGACGAGUACGACGAGUACGACAAGACGGGCGCAGCCGCCAGUGGCUACCCAAUCACCUACUUCUGGGACAUUCGGUCGCUUGAGAAGCCCAAGCAGACGGGCUACUUCAAGAGCCCGGCCUACGGCAUUGACCACAACCAGUUCGUCAUUGACGGCUUUGCGUACCAGAGCAAUUACGGCGCUGGUCUGCGUAUUCUUGACGUGUCGUCCCUGCCGCAGGACCCCACGGGCAAGCUCGUCAAGGAGGUCGGCUUCUUCGACGUCUACCCAGAAGAUGACCGUAACGCCAACGGCGGGUCUAUCGAUUUUGUCGGUACCUGGAGCCACUACCCCUUCUUCAAGAGUGGCUUCAUCCUCGUGAACACGAUCGAGCGGGGUGCGUUUGUUGUCAAGAGGCAGAAGUAA